GACCGUGGGGGACGGCCAACGGCUCGGCAGCCCGUCGAAGAUCAACGCGCCCAGCGCGAUCGGCGGCAGCGUGAUCAGGACCUGCCAGAAGGUGAGCGAGAGACCCAUGCCCGACCAGUUCGUGCGCUUCACGACGAAGGUGCCGAUGGCCCAGCAGAAGCCGGCCAGCAGGCCCCAGAACAGGCCGAGCGGCGCGGAGGCGUAGCUCUGGAAGUUGGGGAUCAUCAGCGCCGCGACGGCGCCUGCGCCGAUCACGAUGGCUGCCAGCAAUCGCCCGGUGAGCUUCUGGCCGAACACCACGAAGCCCAGCAGCGCGACCCACAGCGGCAUCGUGUAGGCCAGCACCGAGGCAUGGCCGGACGGGAUGUAAAGGACGGCGAACGAGGUCGCGAUGUUCCAGAUGCCGAGGUUCAUGGCCGAGGCGAGGAUCAGGGCCGGCCACUUGCCCUUCGGCACGGCGAAGCUCUCGCGCCGCACCAGCAGGAUCGUCGUCAGCAUGACCACCGCCGACGACAGGACCAGGGUGCGGAACGUGAGCACCGGCAGCUCGUUCAGCGCGAUCCGGAACAGCGGCCAGUUGCCGCGCUCGCGGCCGAGGAAGGUGUUCUCGCGGCCGAUCUCGGCGUUGAGGUCGACGAUCAGCCGGUCGAUCUGCUGCAUCGAGCGCCGGGUCUCGGCCUCGAUGGCGCGCAGGUUGCGAUGAUCCUCGUCGACGGCGCCGCCGACCCGGUAGGUCGCGCGCACGUUCUCGAGCAGGUAGCCCGCCACCGACGCCUGGGUGGUCACCUGGCUGGCCAGCGAGUUCAGCGUGCCGACGCCGAUCGUCAGGGCGUCGAGCUUGCCCUGCGCGGCGUUCCACUGGUUCACGAGAUCGGGAUUGCCCGGCGUCGUGCCGGCCUGCAGGCGCGAAUUGAUGCCGCUCACCAGGCCCGAAUAGGACCGCGCGUCGCCGGCCAGUUGACCGCGGGUGGCGUUGAACUGCGCCUGCUGCGCGGCGAUGCCGUUGCUGAGCGCGGCCUGGUCGCUGCGCAGCUGUUCGAUGCUCUUGCGAACCGUCAGCGUGCCAGUCUGGGUGACGGUGGGGUUGGCGUUCGACGGAGGCGGGCUGCCGGCGGGCGCAAAGACGUUUGCCUGAUCGCAACCGCCUAG